UGAGUGAUUUUUGUACUUUAAUUAGAAGUUGUAGUUUGUAUUUUCCUAUUGUUAUGAAUUUGUUUUGAAAAAUUGGAUGGUUUAGACAGAAGAUUCAUGAGUUAAUGAGAUACACUAUUGAUAAAAACUAUGGCAGUUUUGUUUUUUUGUGUAUAUCAAUUAUUGGAGAAGUUAUUGAAAUGGUUAUGACAGUUAGUAGUGAAGCAUUGUUUUGUUAAUUCUGAUAUUAAAUGUUUUCCAACUGGUUUUGUACUCUGUUCAUCAUGAAUUAACAGGUACAAGGUACCUAGAUUGGUUAAGUUUGGGGGAAUUUUGUCUAUUCAUGUGUGUGCUUUAUGUUCUUGGUUCUCACGGAUUGUACCAACUCGUUUGUACCACUUUUUGGUUAUGGGAGUUAGUAGUUAAGUGUUGUUUUGUUCAUUGUUUUGGUUGUGGAAGUGUUGUCGUAUAAUUUUUGAGUAUUGGAAAUCAUUUAGUUGAAAAGAGUUUCACAUCAUUUUAAUGUACUUUAAUGUGUAACAUGCAAGAAGCAUGAAAUGUGUGUUUGAAAUCUGAAUUUUUCCAAUGCCGAAUGGUUAAGUUGAUUUGAUGUGAUUUUGGGUGAUUACAAUGCACGAUUUUCAUUGUGUUUUGGUCAAUUAUUUUUUUUUUAUAUAUAUAGUGUAUUUGUUGAAAUAUGUAGUCCUUAUUGUUUAAAUUUGUUUAUCUUUAAUUUGGUUAGGUUCAUCAUACAUGGCUGGGAAACGCAAAAGGAAAGGGGGAAAUGAACCCGUAAAGAAGGAUGUCACCCCCGAGCCGAACGAUAAUGCGGUUGCUUGGAGAAAUUUCUUCAAUGCGAACUACAAAGCCCUUCGAGCAGCUGAGAAGGGAUUAACUGAGAAAGAGGCUACCGACAAAUUGAAAGUGCAAUAUAAAGGUUUCACCGACGAGGAGAAGUCUGAGUGGAGAAGCUAUGACCCUAACCCUAAUCCCGCUAAGAAGGCUGUGCAAACAAGGGGGAGGAAACCAAAGGCAGCUGAUGCCAAGGGGAAGAAAGUGGAGGUGGAUGAGGAAGAGGGUGCUCCUGAAAGUGAAGAAGCAUCUGUGUACGGUCGAUGCUCCUUCAACCGUUUAAUCAGAAUUUGCAAGAACCUGAACCUGGAGCAGAAAGAUGUGAUCCAAAAUGCUGGAUUUGGAUCAUUCAUCAGAGAGGAUGCACCAUACGUUGACACCCGACUAGUGAGUUGGUUAAUCAAACAUGUUGACCCAACCACUAGCAUACUGGAUUUGUAUGGGAGGAAAAUUCACUUAUCUGCCGCGAUGUUCGGAGAUGUUAUGGGGGUGGACGACGGAGGGGAUCCUGUAGUCACCGAGGGUGAUAGUGACACUCGAUAUCUGGAGGAGAUAUUGAACGUUGUCGAGUACACCGUGUCCUUGACAGGGUUGGAGAAAUCUUUGUUGGAGUGCGUUGAGGCAGACAGCCUAUUUCUGAUUAAAUUUUCUUUGGUGGUCAUUGAACAUCCUCUCGGGCUAGGGUUCUACUGA